CCAAAUCUAUCUCCACUCCACUAGUCCACUUCACUCCACAAACAAAAACCCUACACACAACUAAUCCCGCCGUCGCCGACAAUGGCGGCCUCCGCUCCAACCUCCACCUCCUUCAAACCUUCCCACAUUCCUCCUCUCUCCAAUUCCCCCAAGCUUCUCUCCCAAUUCACCCUCCCUUUCCCCCACAAGCUGCCCACCGCCGCCAUUUCCCACCGCCGCGCCCUCCAAAUCUCAAAUGUGCUAACCUCCCCCGACCCACAAUCCCUCCACGACAAAGAGGAGAGUCAGAAAUUCGUCUCCCGAUUCGCUCCAGACGAGCCUCGCAAGGGCUGCGACGUCUUAGUGGAGGCCCUGGAGCGAGAGGGCGUCACCGACGUCUUCGCCUACCCCGGCGGCGCCUCCAUGGAGAUCCACCAAGCCCUCACCCGCUCCGGCACCAUCCGCAACGUCCUCCCCCGCCACGAGCAGGGCGGCGUCUUCGCCGCCGAGGGCUACGCCCGCGCCUCCGGCCGCCCCGGCGUCUGCAUCGCCACCUCCGGCCCCGGCGCCACCAAUCUCGUCUCCGGCCUCGCCGACGCCCUCCUCGACAGCGUCCCCAUGGUGGCGAUCACUGGCCAAGUGCCGCGCCGCAUGAUCGGCACCGACGCAUUCCAGGAAACCCCAAUUGUUGAGGUAACUAGGUCGAUCACGAAGCAUAACUAUCUCGUGUUAGACGUUGAGGAUAUUCCGAGAAUUGUGAAAGAGGCGUUUUUCAUUGCGCGAUCGGGUAGGCCUGGCCCGGUUCUGAUCGAUGUGCCUAAGGAUAUUCAGCAGCAAAUGGUGGUUCCUAAUUGGGAUCAGCCGAUGAAAUUGGGGGGUUACUUAUCUAGAUUGCCGAAGCCUCCGAGUGAGGUGUUGCUGGAACAGAUAGUUAGGUUGAUAUCUGAGUCGAAAAGGCCGGUUCUUUAUGUAGGUGGUGGGUGUUUGAAUUCGAGCGAGGAGCUGAGGAGAUUCGUGGAGCUCACAGGAAUCCCUGUUGCUAGCACGCUCAUGGGCCUGGGCUCUUAUCCUUGUUCGGACGAGGAGUGUUCGUUGCAAAUGCUUGGAAUGCACGGGACAGUCUACGCGAACUAUUCAGUCGACAAGAGUGAUUUGUUGCUUGCUUUUGGGGUCAGGUUUGAUGACCGCGUGACGGGGAAGUUGGAAGCGUUUGCGAGUAGAGCCAAGAUUGUCCACAUUGACAUCGAUUCUGCUGAGAUUGGGAAGAACAAGCUGCCACAUGUGUCUAUUUGCACUGACAUCAAGUUGGCUUUGCAAGGCUUGAAUUUGAUAUUGGAAGAGAAAGGGAAAGAGGGUCUCCUCGAUUUUUCAGCGUGGAGGGAUGAGCUAAAAGAGCAGAAGGUGAAAUUUCCUUUGAGCUAUAAGACGUUUGGUGAUGCCAUUCCUCCUCAGUAUGCAAUUCAGGUUCUUGAUGAACUCACCGGAGGGAAUGCAAUCAUUAGCACGGGGGUUGGGCAGCAUCAGAUGUGGGCUGCACAGUUCUAUAAGUACAAUAAACCACGGCAGUGGUUGACAUCAGGUGGUUUAGGCGCGAUGGGUUUUGGACUCCCGGCUGCAAUGGGAGCUGCUGUUGCUAGGCCAGAUGCAGUUGUAGUGGACAUAGACGGCGAUGGUAGCUUCAUAAUGAACGUGCAAGAGUUGGCUACUGUCCGAGUGGAGAACCUUCCUGUCAAGAUUAUGUUGUUGAAUAACCAGCAUCUUGGUAUGGUGGUCCAGUGGGAAGAUCGCUUCUACAAGUCCAACCGAGCACAUACUUAUCUUGGAAACCCUUCCAAAGAGUCGGAGAUUUUCCCUGAUAUGUUGAAGUUUGCAGAGGCUUGUGAUGUACCUGCUGCUCGUGUGACAAAGAGGGAAGACGUCAGGGCCGCAAUACAGAAAAUGUUGGAUACUCCCGGACCAUAUCUCUUGGAUGUCAUUGUACCACAUCAAGAGCAUGUGUUGCCCAUGAUCCCGAGUGGGGGAGCCUUCCAAGAUGUUAUAACAGAGGGUGAUGGAAGAACUAAAUAUUGAUGAAUCUUGAUUCGUGUAGUUCAAAUUAGACAUCAGAGUAAUGGAUGCAGGUUAUGAGUUGGUUUUGUAAGUUAGUUUGAGUUUUGGUUCAGUUGUACCAGGUUUACUUUAUGCAGUGAUUGGUAUCUAGUGGAUACCAUUUGUUUGAUGUCAUGUCACCUUCUUCCGUUGAAUAGUACGAUAAGAGAGGAGUUACGUUUGGAAUUGCUA